AAGACUAAACUACCCAAGUGCCGAACUGCCUUCUUCACUUCGAACACUUCCACUUCGAGGCCCUUACCACCGAAACCCUAAAGUCCCAACCUUUACAUCCAUAGAUCUUCAAGCUCGAAGGCAUCUAACAGGCAUCUGCUCCACUUUAUCAUAGACCAAUGAAGCAUAUUGUCAAGAUUAUGACAUUAUUGGUGGCGAUCUCUGCAUUAUGGGGUGGCCUCUUGCAGAUAUCUAUGGUUCCAAGAAGCCAUGCUUUGUUACUACCAAUCUAUUUUGUAGUGUGCCUAGGAUGCUAUGGCCUGUUAAUGGUUGGAGUUGGCCUAAUGCAAUUUCCAACUUGUCCUCAAGAAGCAGUGCUUUUGCAGCAGGACAUAAUUGAGGCCAAGAAAUAUCUGAAGCCAAGAGGGGUAGAUGUCGGUUCUGACUGAUUCCAAAGAUGCUUGGAUUUGUUCAUUCCGCAUGGCUGGCGACUUGCCAUUUUCAAACAAAAAAAAGUUGGUCUGGAAAAUUUUGAUUUCUUUUUGUUUUUUAUAUAGGGAUUGAAAAUUUCUGUUUGUAAAGUUUGAAUUGUUUGGGCUCCUUUAUUUCUAUUUUCUUGUACCAUUGAGGAAAACUUAAAUUUUAAACUCGAUAUUUCUCAUUCCUCGAA